AAACUCCAAGUUCAGGGUCAGCUAACAAGAGACACUGAAAAAUGGCGAUGGAGAUGAAGAUGAAGAUGAAGGAAGCUUUGCCAUACAUAGGAAUGGUGUCAACACAAUUUGCACAAGUGGGUUUAAUGAUUGUAGGCAAAAAAGCCAUGUCCGCUGGAAUGACCAACUUCACUUUCGUCUUCUACUCCAAUGCUCUUGCUUCCCUUAUUCUCCUCCCUUCUUUCUUCUUCUAUAGGUCAACUCGUCCUCCACUCAAUUUCUCAUUUAUAUGUGGAUUUUUCUUGCUGGGAGUUCUUGGUUGUUCAGCUCAGCUAACAGGGUAUGCUGGGAUUAAUUAUACUUCUGCUUCAUUUGCCUCAGCUAUGCUCAAUCUCAUCCCAGGUUUUACUUUCAUACUUGCCGUCAUUUUCAGGAUGGAGAAAUUAGAUUGUCGAAGUACAAGUACCCUGAUUAAAUCUGUUGGAACUGUCGUCUCAAUUGCUGGAGCCUUCACUGCCACUCUUUACAAGGGACCACAAAUUUUGUUGACUUCCUCAUCUUUGAAUCCUCAAAAUUAUCUUCAUUUUCAGGAAACUGACUGGGUGAUUGGAGGACUAUAUCUGGUAGUGGAUUGCGUAGCGGCUUCAGCGUAUCUAAUUGUACAGGCUUCCGUCCUUAAAAGUUAUCCAGUUGAGCUGAUUGUGGUCUUCUUUUACUGCUUCUUUUCCUCCAUUCUAUCAGCAAUAGUCUCUCUGUUUAUGGACAUGGACCUGAAUGCUUGGAUGCUACAACCUGGUACGAGAUUGUUCGCUGUUCUAUACUCAGGAAUUUUUGGCUCUGCAUUUCAAGUCAGUGUAAUGUUUUGGUGUGUUCGUAAAAGGGGGCCUCUCUUUGUUGCUAUGUCCCAUCCUCUGGGAAUCGUAAUUGCUGCUGCAUUGGGUAUCAUCUUCUUAGGAGAUAUUUUCUACCUUGGAAGCUUGGUGGGGUCAAUUGUAAUUGUCGUUGGCUUUUAUGCUGUGAUGUGGGGAAAAACACAAGAAAAGAAGGUCGAUGAAGACAAUAUGUCAAGAAAUAUCAAUUCAAAGGCUCCGCUCUUGCAACAAAAGGAUGCAGAGGCAGAAGUUUAAGCACAAGAUAAAAGCAUAUAUUAUAGAAUGGAAGAAGUCAAAGCAAGUUGACAGGGCAUAUUGUGGAAGUUGCAGACAUGUAAGCCACAACCAGAUGGAAGUCCUCUAAUUGUGUAAAUUGUUGGAAUAUUCAUACAAAAUGCUCACUGUUGCUGUAAAUGCAGAGUAGACAAACCUAUAAAAUGCAAAAUAAUUCCCCGUAGUGACCUGGUGCAUCACUCUUUUGUCAGUGUGUAUAAUAUUAUUAUUCUGGUCAGCACUGACAUUUUAUGCAAAGGAUGGUGUUAUUUGUUAUAGAAGUGGAGUAUAGUUUUCUCA